GGAAAACAAAGCUUUACGUUUCUAUAAUUAGAUACAGACCUUUCAUACGUAGACGGAACUGACAUUUUAGAUUUCUAGUUUCUCAGUUCAUAUCUACAUUGCUUGAAAAACAUGUUGCGACUCCUAUUAACUAUUCUGGCCGUGUCUGGUCAGCUGAUCAAUGGAGAACAGAACCAGCAACAAGACCUCUCAGCUGCCACUUCAGGAUUCUCCCAAAGGCUCUACCCGAAGGUGGCGCUGGAUAAAGACAACGUUGUCUUCUCUCCAUACAGCAUCCAGUCAAUUCUAACCAUGACUUCGCUUGGCGCAAAAGGGAAAACUGCGAAAGAAAUGUUAAUGACGCUUGGUGUCGAGUCUGCUUCUCAGGUUUCUGCAGAGUACAAAAAUUUCACCCACGAGAUUACUUCACUCCAAGAAGUCGUCAUUAGCACAGGAAACGGCAUUUUUGUCAAUCCAAGAAUAAAAAUCAAAACUGGAUUCACUAAAGAUGUUGAGACCAAAUUUAGUGCCCUAGUGGAGAAUAUUGACUUUUCCGCCCCUGAAGGGCCAGAGAAGGCAAUCAACGACUAUAUAGCUGGAGCCACAAAAAAUGUUAUUGAAAACGUUUUACAAAAAGGAUUUAUCACUGAGGACACGGCUAUGGCCUUAGUCAACACAAUUUUCUUCAACGGGACUUGGGAGACGGAGUUCCAACCAGCAACUAAAAAAAAGUUCUUUAGACAUGGCAAGGAUGAAAUGAUGAUUGAUAUGAUGGAUCAAUCCAACUACAUAAAAUACAAGAAGGAUAAAUCAAAUCAAGUUGAUGUGGCAGAGCUGCCCUAUAAAGGGGGAAGGUUUGCUUUCUACAUCGCCCUGCCAAAGAAAAAAGACGGUCUCGCAAAUCUUGAAAAAUGGCUUUCAAAUCCACAACACAUGGAGGAGCUGUUCAAAAACCUCCGACCCAAAUCGGUCUCGGUCACGAUUCCAAAGUUUCAGACAGAGACGACGCUUGACUUGAAACAACCUCUAAUGGAUCUUGGGAUGGUCGAGGCGUUUGGUCCUGGAGCUGACUUUACUGGCAUCACCUCUUCAGGCAACAUUUACAUCAGUCAAGUGAUUCACAAAGCCAAAAUUGACGUCACCGAGCAUGCAACAACUGCGGCGGCGGCUACCGUUGUUGACUCGGAGGAUUACUCAGCUGAUAAUAUAGAAUAUUCGUUUAUAGCUGACCACCCGUUUCUGUAUUUCCUCAAGGAUAUACAAUCCGGAAUAAUUUUGUUCCAAGGAAAAUUUUCCGGUUAGGUAGUUCAAA